CGAUCUCUCUGUGUCGGUCAGGAGAACGUUAGUGGGACGUUUCUCUCUCCGUCCCUCCAUGUGAUUCGGUCGCUUCUUCCCAUCACGGUGUGAACGGCAGCAGCUUCACCUCACCUUUCGCAAACCACAACUCCCCUCUACUCCUCCUCUUGCUCUCUACGUGUGUAUGUGUGUAGUAAGUGAGUGUGUGUGCACGAAGACUAAGCGGCAGGAAGAAGGAAGCACCAAGGACGUCCUUUUUCCAGCCCCGGGAGCCGGAGAUGCAAGGGAGGAACAGUUAGAUUAGCCUGUGCUGCUGUUGCCUGCUGCAGGAUAACUUCGUUCCGGAGAGUGCUGCAUCUGAAGCUCUGCUCUGAUCCUUGUUUGGUGUGUGUGAGUGUGUGAGGAGGAUUUCAGCCAGUCGCCGGACGGAGAUCUGGCUACAAAGGACUUCUACUUGUCGAUAACAAUUGAAUGUAACAUUGCUCGGAUAAAGAAGGCAAGGAAUUAAAAGCCAUCAUCAUGAAUUUCGUUAUGAAACAAGCUUUGGGAGGGGCCACCAAAGACAUGGGCAAGAUGCUUGGUGGAGAGGAGGAGAAAGAUCCUGAUGCUCAGAAAAAAGAGGAAGAAAGGCAAGAGGCGCUGAGGCAACAGGAGGAAGAGAGGAAGGCCAAAUAUGCAAAAAUGGAAGCAGAGAGAGAAAACCUCCGACAGGGUAUCAGGGAUAAGUAUGGCAUCAAGAAGAAGGAGGAGAAGGAAGCAGAAGCAGCGGCUGCUAUGGAGCAGGCCUCCGAGGGCAGCCUCACCCGUCCGAAGAAGGCGGUUCCCACUGGCUGUGGUGACGAAGAGGAAGAGGAGAGCAUCGUGGAUACGGUCAUGAAAUUCAUCCCGACCCCGCUCAUGGAUAUGUUCAAUAAAAAGUAACAGUAUUUUGGAUGAAAUAUGAUUAACUUCCUACAAUGUCAUCUAAGACUAAUGUCGUACCUUUCUUCAUCUCCCACCCCUUCAACCUAACUUCUAAGUGUCUGAAAUUGAUUAAUGUGCCAUGACAUUUCUCUUGAUUUAAGUUAUAUGAUCUGUGAUGGUGACAUGAACUUUAUAAUCUCUCAUAUAGAGCAUCUUUCUGAAUAACUUGUGAUUAUAACCCAAUUUUAAAAGUAUGUAACACCAACACAGAUCUAGUGGCUUUACUUCAAGGCAAAUGUUAUGCCAUGUUUUCAAAAUGUCAAGCACUUAGAAUAAGACCAGAUAUCACCCAUCAUCCACAUUUUUCUGUUUGUAAAUAGCCUUGGGUUAUAAAAAAGAGAACUAUAUAGGAGUGAAUAAGUGACAUAUAACAAGAUGACUAAGAGUAUAAGCCAUAUUUUUAACAUUUAAGAAAUAAUCCAAUUCAUUAAAAAAAUUGAUUAAAUUUUCCUGUUAUUUUAUUGCUAAUAUUUGAUACAUUAAGUGUAUAUAAAUACUUGCAUUUUUAUUAGUUAUCCGUUGUGAGGAUUCAACCCAUUAACUGUCCAUCAUGUUCUCAUUGAUUUAUUCUGAAUGUGUAAUAUGAGCACUGGGUCAAAACAACCUGUAAAACCAGAAAGUGAAGGAAUUAUUUUGUUUUGGGGCAUGCAGUAAACUUUUGUGAAGUGAAGUACACAAAUGGAUUCCAUUUGAUUUUUAUGAUGAAGCAAAAUACAUUGAUAUUUGAGGCAAUAACUGGUUUUCCAUUUUUUAUUUAAUUAACAUCUCAUCCACAACACACAGUAGGUGAUAAUUGACUUUGUGUCUGAAAUGUUCUUCCAAGGGGAAAACUAUAAAUUAUCUCUCUUAAGUUAAUUCACCAUACAUAAAGUUUGUCUCUGAGACAUAUAAAUUCUAUACAUGUGUGGUUUUAACAUUUAGUUUUUAUGUCCUGUGGCAGGUGUCACUUGCUCUGCUUUUUGCAGUAGUAUGUGUACAUUUUAGACCAGGCUAGUUUAUUUUGAUUUGUGUUGACAUUUCACCAAAAAAAAAUGAAGAAACUUCACAAACAAAACUAUGUUGUGAACACACUACAUGUGAACAGACAGUGACAAUAGUGCAAUAUAUUGUUCGAAAUGAAGUUGUCCUGUGUCCAUUGGUUUAACUGAUGGGAGUGAAGUCCCAAAUCAGCAAUAACAGACAAUCUUCAUUGUUGUGUGUUUAGACUUACUCUUCGAUGUGUUAGUCGGUGUUAAGGCACAGAUGUGUCUGCAUAGCGGCAGUAAAGCCUUUGUAGGUCAGACAUAUUUGAUUAAAAAAGAGAAAAGGGGGAAGGUGGGACGAUUUGUUUUGUGUCGUAAAAAAUGUUCAGCUACAUGUUACUGAUGAGCACAAACAGGAUUUGUGUUCGAAAUCAUAAACCAUACAGCAAAUCUGUCUGCAGGUUUUCAAAGGCAGGCAUUAACAAUACAUGCAGAGAAAUGUGAUGAAAUAAUGAGGGACUUUUUAAAAAGCCCUGAGCCCUGCGUGAAAGCUCCGUCACUAUAUAACAGAAAAUGUUUACAAAUUUGGCUCACAUUUAAAGGGGGUCAUCUGAAGGUAAAAUCAAAAUUUUCUCCAUAUGCCUUGUUAUUUUUUCUGUUUACCCUUCAUUCCACAGUGUCUUGCUAAAACAUUCCAGAUAUUUCAGACAUUCCACCAGACUUGUUCUGGUAGCAGUCAAACUUGGAUAUUUACAGUAGACUUCAGUUGAUGCCUUUGUUAGCCUACAAGUAGCCUACUUCACAAUGACAUUUGAUGUUGUUAUAACCCAAAAAUAGACAGUAGAAUGAAUGAAAUACAUAUACAUAAAGAUUAAUGACUUGACAAAGUAAAAGCAAAGUUAUUAUAUGUACUGUUGUGUACAGAAAAAAAAUCCCACAUGAAGUUUAGGGGGAAGCAUAAAUGUGGUAUUAGCAGAGGUACAGUUAAAUCUUGUGAUACAAUUUGUUAGAAAAUGUUUUUGUGAUUCACACAGUCACUGUAGCUGUAGGCAAAAUUAAGGUUUUCCAAUCCAGCUUGUUUACCACAUUGCCACUGUUUUUAUGAAGCUAGCUAAACAUGAAAUAACACUAAUUCUGAACUUGUGCAUUCCUGUGGCAUAGACGAGGGAAAUUUAGCUUUUAUCAGUGCUUUGUGAGCUCUGUAAUCAUGUUGAAUAUAUAUAUAUAUAAAAAACAUCCAAGGGCACAGUGUGGCAAGGGCACCUGUAGAGCAUAUUUAUUGAAAUGCCUGUGAUUUUAUUGUACUCGUAAACUGCCUUUGCCAGCAUCUGUUCAAACAGUGUGUUAGCAGAUAGUUAGCAACCGAUAGUUGUUUACAGUUAUGAAAACAUACAUCAACAACACUCAAAUCCAUUAUCAGAGCCGUUAUCCAAUCAAACCAAAGAAGAGUGCUGGUAAUAGUAGAUUUAAACAAUAGGUUGCAUUCUAGUUAUUUAUUUACUGCAUAUCUUAUUUAUUUUGAAAUUCUCAGGUAUUAAAUCUUUAAGUUUUAAUAGAAGUUUAAACCAUAACUAGCCUUCUCUUAGCAUAAUUCACCUUCUCUGCUAACAAUUUAACAAUUUCAUUGCCAUGGGCUUAGCAAGCCUACACUAACUUUUAUUUAUGAAUGACAUAUCUCUUGUUUGGCCCAGACUAUUUCCGAAAGCUAUAAUUACUGCCCAGUCAACCUCUGUAUCAGCAUCAAAACCUUAGCGAACUUCAUCAGUGUGUGCAGUUCUUCAGACUACUAGUGAACCUUUUCCAAACUGUUGUGCUCUGAAAUCAUAUCACCCAUUGCCUGUCAUCCAUCAUAAAUCAUAAAUCCAUUGAUCAUCAUCUUGUAAAUGCCAAUUGAUUGCGCUCUAAAUAGACCACUGCCCAAACAAACUGCCCAAGUCAUGCGUAAUCAAUAUUUAGUCGUCCAGUAGACUCCAAUUAAGUGUUGAGUUGGAAGUCACUCACUUGUACUCAUACAGCUCAUAUAAUAUGAUUAAGAAACUGCCUGAAAAAUAUUCCACCUAAACAACAUACUCCUUUGAUGUGACUUGAAUGUAACUGUCUGAUGUUUAUCUCUCUUUGCAUCUGUCUUUCUCUGUUCUGUACAUGUUGAGAAGAUGCUUACUCUUGUGCAGUAUUUUUUCUUUCUUGUCUGUAGCCGGUCCUGUUUGUGUCCUCUGGUGGUUGGUAUUUGAAAAAUGUUAAUUUGGUGCAUUCUUUUGUACUGUGUAAUCUUCUCACCCUUCUCCCUCCUUCUCGCUCUCUAUCUCCCUAUUUGUUGACAAUGUUGAAAUGUAUGCAUGCUUAUGGUGUGCGAUUUAGGCAAGGUUGUUGAUAAAAUCGUUUUGUGUCUUCUCUGUGUUUCAAAGCUCCACCUGUUAGCCUCACUGCAUGCCAUUUUAGACAGAUAUUUCAGUCUGUAACUUUCCUGCAAAAAUGGAAUCACCGCACACUCUGAGAAUAAAGUGAUUUCAUAUAA